AUGUCAGUUGCCGAAUUUUCCCUGGAUGGAUUGGCUGAUUCCUUAAUCUGUCAACUUGACCGUUCGAGGAUCUUUCCUCCGUAUCAUAACGAUGCUGAAGAAUAUGUUAUAGCAGCUCAUUCAAAAAACAAAGUACCGAAAAGAUCACCAAAUGCAUUUCUUCUUUGCCGUAAAAAUGUUCAUAAAGAAGCGAAAAGACUUGGAGUUUCCAAUAUGCGAGUAAUAAGUAAAGUAACUGGCAUCCUUUGGCGCGAAUCAACUGUUGAAGAAAAGGAAGUCUAUGAAGAUCUUUCAAAAUAUAUCCGAGACAUUUAUGUUCAACGAGAUAAUACUGUCGCCAACAGUCAAUAUAUAUCUAAUCAUAGAUAUAUGCCUUAUGCAAUUCCAUAUCCAAUGUCUUCGCCUCAGAAUAUGUAUUUUCCAUCAACAAUAUACGAUCCCAUGAAUGCCAUUAUACAAAACAAUCUAUCAGUUGACUUCUUUUCCUUAAUGCAUAUGAUUCAACCGAAUCCUGUUCAAUUCUAA